CAAUAGACGAAAUACUUUUCAAGAGAGUUGAAUGUCUUACUUUGUUCUGACAUCAUAAUCCGAAAGAUUUCUCUUGCCUCCCCUUCCUUUCAGUCCAUCCUUUUUUAAUAUUUCAGACUCCGUUCCUUUUCCCGAGUAAAAUUUGACCCGUUCUUCGCCGGACCCGGUCUGUUAUUAUUUUUUCAUACAAAAAAAACCAACCCUCGAAAGACAGCGCUCCCUUUUUUUUUUAUUCUUUUCCCCACUCCAUUUAUAUCGACAUGCAGUCAUCUCGCUUCGCUCCCCUUGCCAUGAAUCUGUCGCGCUCGGCCCGCGCUCCUCUUGCACAAGGUAUGCGUUACCUCGCACAGGCAAGAAACUUGCACGUUCAAGCACCUGCAGCAACAUACAUGGUCGGUUCUAAGCGUUUGAGACAAAACGCUGGCGUUCAGAGCAAUUGGUACCGUCAGCAGAUUCGCACCUAUGCCGACAAGGUCGUCAAGGUGCCUCAGAUGGCCGAAUCCAUCUCUGAGGGUACUCUGAAACAAUGGGUCAAACAGGUCGGCGAUUUCGUUGCACAGGACGAAGAAGUGGCUACCAUUGAAACUGACAAAAUCGAUGUUACUGUCAACUCCCCUGCAUCCGGUACCAUUGUUGAAGUGUAUGCUCAGGAGGAAGACAACGUUGCCGUCGGUGCCGAUUUCUUCAAGCUCGAAUUGGGUGACGCUCCCAAAGAAGGUGCUGCUGCUCCUGCCAAGAAGGAACAGAAGAAGGAAGAAGAAUCCAAGCCUGCUGAGGAACCCAAGAAGGAAGAGCCCAAGAAGCAAGAAUCAUCCGCUCCUGCUCCUACUCCCGCACCUAGCCAGCCCAAGAAGGAAGCUCCCGCUGCACCUGCUGCUGACGAAUCCGACAAGAAGGUGUACGGCAACCGCAAUGAACGACGUGUGAAGAUGAACCGUAUGCGUCUCAGAAUCGCUGAACGUUUGAAAGAAUCUCAAGAUACCGCUGCUUCUUUAACCACUUUCAACGAAAUCGAUAUGUCCAACUUGAUGAACCUCCGCAAAUUGUACAAGGACGCCAUUGUCAAGAAGCACGGUGUUAAGUUUGGUUUCAUGUCUGCUUUCGUCAAAGCCUCAGCUGCCGCUUUGGAAGAAUUACCAGCUGUCAACGCAUCCAUUGACGGUAACGAGAUUGUGUACCACGACUUUAUCGAUAUGAGCGUCGCUGUCGCCACUCCCAAGGGUCUUGUGACUCCCGUCUUGCGAAAUGUCGAAGACAUGAACUUUAUCGAUAUUGAAAAGAACAUUGCCGCUCUCGGUCAAAAGGCCCGUGACAACAAGAUCACCAUUGAAGAUAUGGCCGGUGGUACCUUCACCAUCUCCAACGGUGGUGUCUUUGGUUCCCUCAUGGGUACUCCCAUCUUGAACACCCCCCAAUCCGCCAUCUUGGGUAUGCACGCCAUCAAAGAAAGACCCGUUGUCGUUGACGGCAAGAUUGAGAUCCGUCCCAUGAUGUACGUUGCUCUUACCUACGAUCACAGAAUCAUUGAUGGUCGUGAGGCCGUGACUUUCUUGGUCAGAAUCAAGGAAAUGAUCGAAGACCCCAGAAGAUUGCUUCUUGAAAUCUAAAAAAACUCAUUCCACUUCCAUAAGAGAGAGAAAAAAAAGGACCUAAAAAAAUCAGAACCUUUACUUUGCAUUUUUACAACAUAACUAAAAAGAGAACUUGACUCAUACUGGGGUUAGAGAAAACCCACAUACAUAUUUAAACUCUUUACCUUU